AGUGAAAGUAGAAGCCUUUGCGUGAGACUAAAACAGCCGUGAAAGUCGAGUGGCUUCUUCAGAGAGGUGAAUUGUCGCCUGCCUAGUCGAGGUGGUAGAUCCGCGGCCCGCCAGACUUUCGUUCUUGGUGGCCUUUUUCCUCCGGCUGCGCGCCAGAUCACGGAGCGUUGAAAUCCCUUUCGAGCUCAGUCCGCGUUUGAUGCCAGUUGCGUCCGGAAAGUGCAGAGUAUGAUGUUGUCGAAGGUGAUUUUCGUCGCGCUUUUGGGCAUAGGAGCUGCCCAGCGCGGCCGUGAGGCAGCACAGCCUGCAUACCCAACAUACCGAGAAAUUACCUCCUGCCCCGAAGUGGAAGGUCUGCAGCUCUACCCCCACCCAGCUUCCUGCCACCAGUUCUACAAGUGCGCCAACGGAACGCUGACCCUAGAGACUUGUGAAAAUGGUCUCCUUUUCGACGGCAAAGGCGCUGUGCACAACUACUGCAACUAUCACUGGGGUGUUGACUGCGAGGGACGGGAGUUCGAAUUGGUUCCUACCGCAAGAGGAAUCUGCGAGUACGACUUCGGCCUCUUCUCAAACGGCCCCUGCGAGAAAUACUUCACGAAAUGUGUAUACGGAGAGCCCACGGAUGAGCCUUGCACUCCUGGACUCGCCUACGACGAAAGGACCCACGGUUGCAAUUGGCCUGAUCUUAUGGAGUAUUGCAACCCUGAAGAAGUCGUAGGGUUCAAAUGUCCCGCCUACGCCGAACCUGGCAGUCUUGCAGCCCAGUUUGAGCCGUUCCCCAGGUAUCCCUCGGGUGACUGCGGUCGCUACAUCGUCUGCGUGGACGGUUACCCUCGCCUCACGGGCUGUGGCGAUUACACAGUCUUCGACGAAGAGACUCUCACCUGCCAGGACCCAGAAUAUGUGCCCAAAUGUGCUAACUACUUCAAGAAAUGAUUUGAAGAGCUUUAAGAAAAAAAAAAUAAAUCUCGGCCGAAGGAGGUGUCUGUUUUAAAAGAUAGUUUAAAAAUAUAUCAACUGUUUACCUGUUUCUUUUCUUUUGGUUUUUAUAAAUCACUCUUUUUGUAUAGCAAAUUCUUUUUUGUAUGUAUCGUCUAGAUUCUUGCAUCUCCUGAUCAUUUCAAUGGAAUUUGUACGUUUCAUUUUGGUUGAACUUUCGAGGAAUUCUGUAACUAAGUCACUGUGCCAUUUUUCCUUUAUUAUUUUCUAGUUUUUCACUUUGUAACAGCGUGGGAGAAGUAAAGUAUAUAAACAUAAAA